AUGACUUCAUCGAUACUAUAUGUGCUAUCAUAUUUAUUUGCAUUCAUAUUAGCAGCAAAAAUUCCGGAAAAAUCGAUCAGCAGAGUUCAUCGUCCGCAAACGAAUUGUAGAUUCUCUGUACAUAACGGUGGACCAAACGGUGAAGAAAUUUCGGGUACAAAUUUGAAUUCAGAACUGUAUUAUAAAAUAAAAUGUAAUAAAGAAAAAGGUUACUGUCUUCAUGUUGCCAAUUGUACAGUGAAAAGUGAUAAGGAAAAUACAGAACCGUAUCUUAUCAUUGAUGAAAAUGGUUGUACCUUGGAGCCAAGCUUAUUCGAGCAUGUACAGUACGAAGAUGAUUUUACGGCUGGAAUAUACAAUCCGCUUCCGAUCCGAUUCCGCGGAUCAAGCUCAUCAGUGCAAUUUUUCUGCUCCACAACAUUAGUACCAACAAUUGAUGGUGAAUGCUCGCGUAAAAUGUGUACCUGGAAUGAAUAUGGUACUAAUCAUAAUUUUGAAAGAAAAAAAUAA